AGUAGAAACUCUCCUCCCAGCAGUUUAUUGGAAGCGGGAAGAGCCAAGUGGCGCCCCGAGGUUGAUCCCACUUUUCCGUUCUACCUGUGUGUGUGCGAGUGUCGCGUCUGUGUGUGUGUUUGUAGUGUGAUAUAUGAUAUCGAGAGUGUUUUAAUCCAUCUCCCUGAGGUGCUGCAUUGACCGGACAUUGAAGAAUUUCAAUUACUUAGCGAGCCACUUGGAAAACCCUCUCUCAAAGGAAUACUCUACCUGCUCAAGAUCCAAACGACAACGAACCCAGCGAGGGCGGAGGAGCGGGAGAAGGAGAAGCAGAAGGUGUAGCCAACUGUGGAGGAGGGAACGGAACGAAACGAAACGGGACACAAACCCGACUCCAAUUGCAAGUCGGCGGCGGCAAUCGCAGACCUCAAAUUAUAUGCCAGCCGCAGCAUUUCCAUAAGAUUUUGGUGGAAACUGGCUGUGAACAAAGCGAAUUUCAAAUGUGAACCAAUCACCAUACAACAACAGCAACAAAAAUACAGCAAAAAUAACCAAAAAUAGCGUGCAGGCAAAAAAAAAAACUUAAGUUUUAUUGUGAAAAGAAAACAAGGCAACAAAAGUAUUUCCAAAUUUUUUGAAAGUGCAGUGAAAACGAAAGAUGAUUAAUUGGCAAUGAGGCAAAAUCGUUAAUGAAUAUAAAUUAAAACACCGAAAUAAAAAGAUACUCAACAGAAAACGCGAUAAAAACAGUUUGCAUGUUUGGAGCAAAAGAGAGUUUGGUGCGUUUUUAAAACGCCGGCGACUAAAGACGCGCUCGCGUUUUUUACUUACAACAAAAACAGCGGAAGAGAGAUAGCAAUUACAACAACAACAAGAAGUUAAAAGCGAGUUCAUUGCAUAAAUUUCGCAAGUUUGUGCCUGUGUGAGUGUGUUCAGGUGUCUAGUCCAUGUGAAAAUGGCCGCUUCGGAGCAGAGCAGCAGGCGGCAGCUGGAGGCGAUAUUUAUCGCUACGCCCCCGCAAACCCCCCUGAUGCAACACAACUCGGUGACGCGGACAACAACACCUCGCGAACUCCCCACAAUGUAUCACUUUGAUUUUGCCGCAUUCAACACGGAGAACGAGUUGCAAGCGCCCGGAGGCGGGCAGGAGGAGGAGGAGCCCUCUUCGCCACCACCGCCUCCGCUCACCAGAGGACUGCCGCUGCCCGUGCCCGAGACAGUGGCCAUCAAUGCCAGCGAUCUGACGCCCUGUCCAUGCUGCAGCCGCACCUUCAACCUGAACGCCCUGCGGAAGCAUGUCGUCAUCUGCGAGAAGACCUCAAAGAAGCGCAAAAUCUUUGAUUCAUCGCGCCAGCGUCGCGAGGGCACGCUGCUCUCCACGUACGUUCUGCCCAAAAACUUUGGCCUGCCCAAUGCCGAGAAGUUGUCUGGAGUGCACACCCCGCUCGCUGGGAGUCGGGAUGCCGUAGGCACGGUAUCCACAAUACCAACAGACAUUGUGGGCUCUCCGCUGCCCACCCGUCGCAAGUCCCAAACCGAGUUGGUACGCUCCACGGCCAGAGCUUCUGUGCGCAGAGCGGGAGGUGGAGCAACAGCAGAAACAGCAGCUGUGGCCACAUCCCCCGCAGGAGAGCCAAACGGUGUACCAGCGCGGGAUCGCUCGCUGGCCAAGCGCAUCAGGAGUGUGGCCUCUGAGCGGUGUCCCCACUGCGAGCGCAGCUUCAACGUGAAGGCGUUCGACCGGCACGUGGAGUGGUGCAAGGAGAAGGCCGUCCAGGCCACCAUCAAGUGUACCAACACCCAGGAGACGACCAAAGCGAAGGAAAGGCUAGACGCCCGGAAGCAGUACAGGCCGCCCAAUCUCAAAACGAAGCGCUCGAUCAAUCGCAACAAGUACUCCGGCAACCACGAGGAACUGUUGGACGCCGGCGACAUGACAGCCCCCAAGCCGAACCUGAUGUCGCUCUCCUCCAUGACCUCGUCCGUGCACAGUGAUAACGGCCUCAGUGGAGCCAGCGUCAGCAGCGACAAGUACGAUCCCUUCCUCUCGGCCAAGCGUCAGCUGGAGGAGCUUUGCUCUCCCGGCACGCCACCGGAUGAGGAGGAGGUACAUCCCACAGCCACACCCAGCAUCUCCAUGAGCACCUCGUUGACCAUGCCGAGCGGCAAGGCAGCGCCGAUCACACCGAAACCCACACCUGCCUCCAACUUUCGGCGCACUUCCUCGCUGCGCGGCCCCCGACGGACACCGCUGCUGCCCAGUCGUCCGCUCUUUGCGACCAACUAUCGCCCCACCAUUCAGCGUGGACUCUCCGACGAGGGCCCCAUCUCCACGAACUUCCUCAAGCCGGAGGAAUACGACGAGAUGCCGGUGCGCGCCGCCUGCGUCAACGACUUUCACAGUCCGCGUGUGGUGCGCCGCGAUACGAGUUCGUCGAACCGCAAGCAGCUGAAGCUACCGCAGGGUGUAGGCGGUGCCAGCGAGACUGCAGCUCAGGCACAGCCAGGAGGACGCAAUGUGGCCAAGACCGACUCGCUGGCGGUGUUCCUCAAGUACGAGCACGAGCUGGAGCAGCUGAAUGCCAAGGCGGCGGAGGUGGCAGCAGCCAAUCAGCUGAACAGCAAGGAGCUCAAGGACAAGAGCAAUAAUCUGAGCAAGCAGAACUCGGCCAAGAGUCUGACGGCGUGCAGCAAUGCCGGCCAGCUGCCGCCCUUGACCCCGGUAACGUCUGCACCAGUCACAGCCACAGCAGCGUCCACAGUCCCAGCUCCAGUCAAGGAGAACAAUGAGAAGCGGCUGCACAACAACUACCAGCCCAUUGCCACCCCCUUGCGGCUGGAGCCCAUUGGCAGACCAGCAACGGCAAUGCCAGCGAUCAGCGGCGGGGUGCCAGCCAGCCUCACGCCCAUCAAACUGGAGAGUAUCUUCGGCUUUGGCCGGCCAGCGGCAGUGAGCGGCGGCGGAGAGUUCAUCGAUCCGAAGCUGAUCAAUGCCUGCGACAAUCUGCACAUGUCCAGCGGUGUAGCCAGCUCGGAGGCCAGCUCCACGCCACAGCAGCUGUCGCAGAGCCGAAGUCGGAGCAGCUCGCAGUCCACCAUCACGUACGAGCGGCGUCAGUCGGGCGAGGCGAGGAAUCUGCUGAAGCGCAAGAUGCGCCUGGGACGCAAUCAGUUUCUGUACGAUGCCUCGCCGGAGGAUGCGGAUGCCUCGUCGGGCUGCUCCGCGGACGAUGAGGCCAAUCGCUCAUCGAUGGAGUACGACGAGCAGUGCUGGCAGCAGCAGCAGAAGCAACUGCUGGCCAAUCCCCUGCCAAUGGUCAUGCCGAUGGGCAACAUGCCCACCUUUGAUGACUUUGACUUUGAGGAGUUUCUCUCCUCAUUCGAGAACGAGAAUGACGACGAGCAGUUCCCGCUGUUCAAAGAUUGUCGCGAGUUCCUGCUGAAUCGCACGACGAGCAGGCAACGCUCGUUCCAGAAAGCGACUUCGACCCCACAACAGACAGCGACAGCCACACUGAGACCGGCCACCACCAGCAGCAUGCUACAGCCCAAAUUACAGCCCACUAAAGACUCUCACGCCCACAGGUCCAACUCGAAUGGUUUGGACGAGAAGCACCAGCUUCAGCAGCAGUUGCAGCGCCAGCAGUCGAAUUCCUCAAGUAUUGGCAGCCACGAGGAGAAGAUGCCACAAAAGAUGCAGCAGCUGCCAGUGCAGCGGCCCGCCGACGAUCAGCAAAAGCGGGAGAUCUUCAUCAGCAUUGAGACGGAGGCCAAUGACCACGGCCGUUCACCCAUCUCGCCCGACUCCCUGCGUCACAUGGUGGGCAAUUCGCAAACGCCCAUCGACGUACUGCAGAUAGAGAAUGGCAACGAGCCGGAGCACGCACGGUUCAGAAAGAUCAGCGACGACACAGAGGACAACCCCUACGUGGACGCCCAGGGAGAGCACGAUGAUCGGGCCAGCCAAUUGGCUGGCAAUGCCAGCAGACUGGCUCUAUCAUCGAGCGACUCCGUGCAGGUGAACAACGCCAAGAACUUGAUCCAGCAAAUGCAGAGCGAGUUCCGGCAGAUGGGCGAGGAUGCUGGCGCCUCCAUUCGCACUUUGUUCAUAAGAAGACCCGACGAGCAGUCAAGGGAAAUGGAACCGGAGCCAGUGCAACAACUCCAACAGCAGCAGCAGCAGCAGCAAGUCAAGGCCAGUUCCCCCUUGACACCCUCAGCGUCGGCGGACUCGGACGAACUGAGCAGCCUCGAUGGUUAUCCCAUGUCCUCGUCCCACUCGUCGCGUCGUGGCGCCAGCUCCAAGCUAAGCUCUGAUUCGGCCUAUGGCAGCACCAAUUCCCCCUACAGCUUGUCGCGCCAGCGCUCCGGCGACCUGCAACCGGGCACACCACGCAACCAGACGCUGCUGCGUCCGCACACGGCCAGUGCCAAGCUGCCCAGCGUCAUGAGUGAUGCCUCGACACAGGCGCACAAUGCCUAUGCCACGCUCAAGGCGCGUCAUAGACUGUACGGCGGCGGUGGCACUGGCCUUGGCCUUGGCAAUGGCAAUACCGACGGCGCAGAGUCCUCUAGCAGUGGAUCGGAGCACUCGCUGACAAUGGCCACGCAGCAGGCGACGCAGGAACAACAGCAGCAGCAGCAACAGCACAACAGACCAGACAGCAACUUUAACUAUCAGCAGCAGCAGAUGCAAUCCCAGCCAGCAUACAACAGCAAUAACAACAAUAAUAACAAUGGGCAGAUGACUCCGUUGACGCCAACCACAUCGCAGCAUUCCCUGCUGAGCAAUGCCUCUGCGACCAGCCUAAGUUCGAGUACGAAGAUGUCCAAGUUCUGCCACGAAUGUGGCGGCAGAUUCAUCAUCGAGCACGCCAAGUUCUGCAUGGAUUGCGGCGUGCGACGGAUGAUACUCUAAUCUCGGGGCC